CAUCGGGACGCAAGCGGGGGGGCUGGGAGCGGAGAAACCCGGCGGCGACAGCAAACGCGUGUCCGUGCAGAGGGCUCGCCAAGAGGAGACCCCGCUGUCGACUGCUCGGAAAGUGAAAGAAGCUGGAAAAGACAUCACCUAUUUUAUUGUGGUAUUCAUUGGAAUUAGUAUAACAGGUGGUUUGUUCUACGUGAUCUUCAAAGAGCUAUUCUCUUCUUCUAGUCCAAGUAGGAUCUAUGGAGAUACCUUCGAGAAAUGCAGAUCUCACCCUGAGAUAAUUGGUGUUUUUGGGGAAUCUAUUAAAGCUUAUGGGGAGCCAACAAGAAGAGGAAGACGGCAGUUUGUCAGUCACAUUGAGUACGUGAAGGAUGGGCUGAAGCAUAUGCGUCUGAAGUUCUAUAUUGAGGGCUCUGAAACAGGGAAGCGGGGAACAGUCCACGUGGAAGUCAAAGAGAAUCCUGAGCAAGGAAGAUUUGAGGUCAGCUACAUAUUUGUGGAUGUUGACACCUAUCCUAGAAGAACCAUCAUCUUAGAAGACAACAGAUAG